AUCAUUCUUCGGUCUACUUUCAGGCGAAGAAGACGUGUUCUCUUGACGUUCGCUUGGUCAUUGUCAAAACAAAGAAAAUAAAUUGUCAAUAAGUUUGCAUGGAAAAUUCGCAAUUACCAGUGUGUACAAAUUAAACGAUUAAAGUGAAUUAAUAUAUUUAAUAGUUGUUUGCGGAUUUCAAACAGUGCUUCACGAAAACCUCUUUGCACACAAUUCACAUUUUUUUCAAUUUUAUUCGCUGAAUCAAUGGAUACUACGGAAACAAUUCCAACUGUAGAGACUGAUAAUAGAAAACCAUAUAAGGUGAAGGAUGUCACUAGGAACAUCAAAAAGGCUGUCGUGGCAGCUACUCUUGAGGAAGUGAAGACAAAGUCAGCAGAAAAGUUCGGGCGUUCUACGGAAGUACUUCCAACCAUUCACCUCGACUCGGAUGGAACGGAAAUUGAUGAUGAGGAAUAUUUUCAAACACUAGAAGCUAAUGCAGAGUUGAUAGCUGUCUUCUCCGGAGAACAAUGGAUGGAUCCCACACAUUAUGUAACGAUAACGACCCGUCGCGACUCUGCUGACAGUACGGACUGUGCAGACGUAGAGAGGGUGCAUCUGAAGAAGUUGGUGGGACAGCUGAAGAAUAAUUUAUGCAGCGUGUCUGUGCUGAGUGAGCCAGAUCUGGAACUGCUGUCGAACAUGGAUCCCAAUUCUCUAGCCGACAUUACGGGCAAGGACUUCAUAGAGCAGCUAAAAGAGGCAUCAGGCAGACUCCUGCAUGAAAAGCGACAGGCUUUUGACGCAAUUGAGCUGCUAAGGAUGCUGGCCAAGGAGCGCGGAAUUACACUUGAGGUGCACCAUGACAUUAGUGAUGCCAUUAUUGUUCGUGAACGCAAUUCUAGUGGACCAUCUCUUGAACAUUCCACAAAUUACGCUUCAUGUAGUGAAACAAAAAGGGAUGCACCACGAUCAAAAAAUUCCGAAUCUUCGCCAGCAACUUGAUACGUGUAUUAAUUCAAUACACAAUUAAUGAAGAAACCCUGCAAGCCACAUUAAAGCACACAUUAACGACAUAUUAACUAUUAAUAUGAUUGCAAAUGUUAAACACUAAACUUACAUGUAAAAUUUCAAAGGUAGACACCUUUAAAAGAAAUAAUCGCUACAUGUAGUUGUUAUUACCGAUUAACAAUAACACUUUCUGGUAGAACGGAGAAAUAAUAAAGCGCAGAGUCUAUUGUUCAAUGAGAAAUGUUGCAUAUAAAAUAAUCUAAAAUUAUGAAAGCAAAAAAAAAAUCAAAUAGAAUGGUAAAGUUGCGAAAUAUCCCACGUAAAUUUAUUUGUCGAUGUGUUAGCCGAAAAAGGACAGACGAAUUAUAUAGAGUCGUGGUGUUAAAGUACUUAUAAUUAAAGAUAAAAGUAACAUGAUAUUUUUGCGAUAUACAAGGAAGAAAGGCGAUAAGAAAGAUUAUGAUGACGAAGAAACUCGCCUACAGUGAGAAUUAUAUUUAACAGAAUUUUCAAAAUUAUUGGCAAAGCUUGCAAACAUAACAAUGAAAAUUAUUAUCAUAUUAAAAAAAAAAUUGCAAACUUUUAUUCUGAAAAUGUUCAACAAUCUUCUUAUAUCACCGUUUGAGCACUGAUUUUAACAUUUUAUUGUUGUCUAAAAUAGAAGUUUAUUGAUAUAACAUUAUUCUGCCAUUUAACUGCAAUGCAAAUACAAACUUAUUUUAAAAAAAAAGAAACGAAUAAUAAUAAUAGAAAACCCACAAAAAACAUUUAUGAUAAUUCAAUUAAAAAAAAAAACCUAAAUCGGAAAAUUCCAAAUUCAAAUCCCUCAUGGUUGAAUUUCUCGAAUAACAUUACCUUUUCCGACAUGGUAAAACCUUCCCAAGACUGAUAGAUUUACCCUCGAGAUGACACGAUAAAAAUUUCGUACUUAGUUCUUUUACUCCAAUUGUACUCGUAAGUUAACAUGGCGUAAAUUAAAAAUGUGAAAAUCAAAAGACAUAUAGUGUCUUUCAAAUUGACAAAUUCUUUGUCAACCUUAUUAAGUCCUUAGAGAGAAUACGAAUAAACAAAAAAAAUCUUACUUUUAAACCCAAAAAUAUACAGAUGUAUAUUUAAAAAAAUCAAAAGUUAGAAAAACAAAUUCGGAUUUGAUCAUAGUGUGCUGUUAAACCAUACCGUUACCCAAGUGACCCCAAAAAAAGGUAAAUUUUUGGAAAACUGUAUUUAUGAAAAAAAAAAACAUUUUCUCAUUCAAUUUUUUUUGUAAUGAAUAUCAAGUACAUUUGAAACAAAAAGCAUUUGAAAAUUGUCAAUGUCAUCUAUUUGACAACGAAUUUGCACAGUCGAAACACUUCUUGAACAAUGUAAAAUGCAACAUUAAAUGUAACACGAACCAGAACCAGCAUGUCAAUAAAUUCCUUGUAGAGAACAAA